AUGGCACCCCAGCAGCAGCUCCUCCUGCUGCUCCUCCUCCUGGCCACGCCGUUGCCGCGGCCGGCCGCCGCCGACGACGGGGCCGCUGGGCAACCGCCACUGGUGCAUCCGUUCUUCUACUACUCUCCUCCGCCGCCGUCGGCGCUUCCUCUCACCGUCCCGCCGCCGACGCCGACGCCGACACCGUGCAGCUGCGGGCCGAUGCAGCCGCCCACCACUGCUUGCAACUGCGGGAGGAUGCCGCCGCCUGGGAUCGACCGCCGCAGCCCGCCGGCCGGGCGCCACGGGCUCCAUUCCGGGUCCCACGCGCAGACCGGAGUGCAGCUCCAUCCCCGGAUGCUCUGCGCUGUCGCCGCCGCACUUCUCCUAUGGUGGUGCUAG